AUGGAUCCGCCGGAUCGUCCUCACGCGGUUUGCAUCCCAUACCCGGCCCAGAGCCACGUGAAGGCCUUCCUCAAACUGGCCAAGCUACUCCACAGCAGAGGCUUCCACAUCACAUUCGUCAACACCGAUUUCAACCACAACCGUUUCCUACGCUCCCGAGGCCCCCACGCCCUCGACGGCCUUCCGGAUUUCCGGUUCGCCACCAUCGCCGAUAGCCUUCCGCCCUCGGAUCCCAGCUCGACGCAGAACAUACCUGCUUUGAGCGACUCAAUGAGGAGGCUCAUGUUGGCUCCGUUCAGGAAGCUCGUUACGAAACUGAACAACCGUUCAGGUAACCCGCCGCCGCCGGUGAGCUGCAUAGUGGCGGACGGGAUGACGCCGUUUGCGGUGGAGGUGGCUCGAGAGAUUGGCGUGCCGUCGGUGAGCUUUUGGACUUGGCCUGCUUGUGCGUUCAUGGGGUUCGCGGAGUACCGCCGGCUCUAUGACCAAGGCAUCACUCCUCUCAAAGACAAAAGCUAUUUGACGAACGGGUACCUAGACACGGUCACGGAAAUUCCCGGGAUGAAGAACAUGAGGCUCAAAGACCUGCCCGACUUCAUCCGCACAACCGACCCGGACGAACCGGUUUUCCACAACCUAAUGGAAGGGGCCGAGAUGGUCGCCCAGGCCUCGGCUCUGCUCAUCCACACGUUCGACGCCCUCGAACCAGAAGUCCUGGCCGCCCUCAAUUCCACGUACGGGCCCAACCGCGUCCACUUCAUCGGACCGAUGCAGCUCCUCCUCGACCAAACCGAACCAACUCGUCACCCAAACCUCGACGCAAUCAGCUACAGCUUGUGGGCAGAAGAAAUCGAUUGCCUCCGCUGGCUGGACUCCAAACCCUCGAAUUCCGUCAUCUAUGUCAACUUCGGCAGCAUCAUCACCAUAACGGAAAACCAUGUGCUCGAAUUUGCAAUGGGACUUAUCAACAGUGAUGUUUCCUUCCUGUGGGUCAUUCGGCCCGAUCUUGUUACUGGCCCAUCGGGAGCUCUUCCUCCCGAAUUCCGAGACAAGGCUGAGAAAACCGGGUUUAUUUCUGGGUGGUGCCCGCAGGAGGAGGUUCUGAACCACCCGGCGGUUGGAGGGUUUUUGACCCAUUGCGGGUGGGCGUCCAUGAUCGAGACCUUGACCGCCGGGGUUCCAAUGUUGUGCUGGCCGGUCUUCGCGGACCAGCCAACGAAUUGCAAGUUCGCCUGCAAUGAGUGGGGGGUUGGAAUGGAGAUUGAGCAGGAUGCGAAGAGGGAGGCGGUCGAGAAGCUAGUGAGAGAGCUUAUGAAGGGGGAGAAGGGGGAGAAUUUGAGGAAGAAAGCACAAGAUUGGGCGGGACUGGCUCGGGAAGCUACUGGUCCGGGUGGGUCAUCGACCGUUGGUUUGGAUCGGUUGGUUAAUGAAGUUCUCUUGAGGAAAUGA